AUGUCAAUCACCCGUAUUGAGAUCGACCCUGAGGGUGACACUCUCGUCAUCGUUCCAGUUAAGCCGACUUCUACUCAAUCUGAGGCCCCAAACUCUCCCGAUGAGAAGCACUUCCUUUGUUCCAAGAAACACCUGACCCUUGCCUCUCGUCGGGCAGCAAGGCUCUUCUCAAGUCAAUUCAAAGAGGCUUCGGUCGAGUCAGAUGGUCUCUAUCACUGGAAAUUCGAAGCAAUCUUUAAUCAUGAAGCAUUUUCCCUCGUCUUGAAGAUUAUUCAUGGCAAAACACGUGGGAUUCCCCGCGACAUGAAGCUCGAUCUCCUAGCUGACAUUGCGACCAUCGUUGAUGAUCUACAAUGCCACGAGGCCGUAGCAUAUUUCAGCGAAAGCUGGCUCUUGUGCUGGCCCAGCGCGAGAAAAAAGGCCAGAGGGAAAGAAUUGGCUCAGCUGAUCCUCUCAUCUUUCGUUUUCGAGCAUGCUUCGCUCUUCGAGAACUACACCAAGUUGGCUAUAAGACACAGUGACGAUGUUCCAUCAACAUUCGGGUUGCCGAUCCGGGUAGAUGUUUCGAGUCAAAUUGAAAACACUAGGACCCAGAUUUUCGAGCAUCUCUUGGAUGGUUUAGACAAGCUCUACGACUGGAUCCUUGAUGGAAGCGCGGGAUGUAAUCCCGCAUGUCAAGCUUUACGGCUGGGGAGUCUAUCACAAGCGAGGAAGAAGCUGGGUCUAUAUCCCCGCCCGUCGUCUCCAUUCUCGAAGCUAUCUCUUGACUCUCUUCUCGAAUCUUUGGCAACUGUUCAGUCGCCAGCCUAUUUCGGACCACCAAACCAAGGCCCUGUCGCGAUGUAUUCCAGCAAAUGGAAUAUUGAGACUUCAUCUACGGUUGUCGUGCCUGGAGGUUUUUUCGGGGGUCAAUCGAAGUCUACACAGCCUGGGACUAAUAAUGCCUCUGUAUCAUCGCCUCAGCCCUCCGGCCUUUUUGGGCCAUCGGCUUUUUCUCAGACCACCAACAGUCCUCCACCUCGCCAGCUCGGUGCCCCUCCUCAGCCUACUGUUGGUCUGUUUGGUUCGUCUACUGCAUCUCAGAGCCCUGCAAGCGGUGGCUUGUUUGGGAAUGCUAAUUCCAAAGUUGGAACUAAUACUUCAGCGGCUGAGAACCAAGAACAGCCCGCAAUUAUUGUUAAACAUAAUUGUCGCUUGAAGGACCUUAUCGAGCCCUUGGUCAUGGCAGCUGAAAAUGAAAUUACAGGGCUGAAACUUGCAGACUUCCCAAGACCGUAG